AUGGCUCCAAAUGUGGAGUCGGCGACACCGGCCGAGACGAGCAACAAUGGGAAGACAACCACUCCAAAGGCUUCCGUCACUUUUCGUUUGGAGGGAAACGCUUCGUCUUCAUCAACAGAACGAGUGCGAUCUCUGCUGACGGCGGCUGUCACGGGCGACUCAGAAACCCUUCGACAACUCCUCGACCAUCCAAUCACACAAAAGAAAUCGUUCUGGCUUCAAGCCUGCCAUCCACUGACCGGCAGCUCACUUCUUCAUUUGGCUGUGAUCUUUGGGAACACAAGAGCCGUUGAAACUCUCCUUCGACAACCCGAAUGUCCCAUUCUUUUUCGUGACUAUGAGGGUCGUUCGGCUUUACACUACGCGGCGGCUCUCUCCGGCAUCCACAACGAUCCCACUCUAUAUUUUGUGCUUAUUGAGGCUGGCGCCUCAGAAUCAACCCUCGACUAUGAGGCGUUUUCUCCAGUUGAUGUGAGACAAGAUCCGCUGCUAAUUGAUAUGAACUCGAUUCGUCUCGCUAAUCGAUAUCCAGUUGCUUUACAAGAUGAUGGCGGAUCUCUCCUGGCGAUGAUGAGUGAAGAGGCGUUAGAGAGCAUGGUACUUGAUGGUCAAUAUGAUGCUUUUGCGGAAAUGGCUGUUCUGCCCGAACAUUCCACUCUUCAUCAACGACUACUCGAUUUACAAACAAGGGUGGACGGUGUUUGGCAAGCGAUUUACGAUGGAGAUAUGAGGACAUUAAAGCAUUUGGUAUGCGAUCAACGAAUGGGACUGUGUCGAGAUGGUCUCAGUCGGACUCCACUUCACGUCGCGUAUCUUGUCGGGCGGAUUGACAUUGUCGAUUAUCUUCUUUAUGUUUGCCCACAAGCUGCCAAUGCGAAAGAUCGAGAAGAUCGUCUGCCGGUCGAGUAUUCAUUGUUAAGCGAAAGUGAUGAAGAGGCAAAAAAUCGUCAGCAUAUCCGCCGAAAGCGUUUAAAACAAUCACGACUUUCCGCUCGACGUUUGAAUAAGUCCCGAAUGCGGAUACCGGUGAUGGGCGAGUAUGACGAGGAUGCGGACACUGAAAUACGGGUCCUCGGUAUCGACACCUCGGAUCGUUCCUAUUUCACUGUACUUGAAGAGCUACAAAUCGAGGGAAAAGCUGAGCAAAUUUGGCGAACAGUGAAGAAAAAUGUAGCCAACGAAAAGCUGGUGCGCUUUGUGAACGAUUUUCGAAAUUUACAAAUGAGGCUAAAUAGUGCAAUUGAGGCGAUUGAGAAAAACGACGAGCGCCGAUUGCGGCAACUCGUUGAUGAGAAUCUCGUGGGCGCUAGGGACACUCGAGGCAUGCGCCUCUUGCACAUCGCCGUUUUGCGUGAACGUCAUGAGAUUGUCGAGUUCUUAGCCACUGAUUUCUCCGCUUUCAUCGAUCUCCCAGAUGCUCAAGGCCGAACUCCAUUGCACUAUGCAGCCGUGCAGCCGAACGCAAUCUAUGACACUUUAGUCGAACUGGGAGCUGAUCCGAAUAUCAACGAUUUAGAAGGAAACUCGGCAAGUUUCUAUCGUGAGAAUCCGGAUCGAAUGUCUCGUCCACUAUCAGCUCCAUCACCUUUCAACUUUUUUCACAGCAGUUCGGAGGAUGAUUGGUGUGAUCCAGAUGCUCCAAGAGAAGAGGAGAUCGACGUUUGGGUAAAUUCGGGAGAAGUGGGGCGGCUCGAGCAAUUGGUGCUUGAUGGGCGAGCUCAUCUGCUUGCUGAUCGACAAUCGCUUAAUGCACAAUCUCGAGAAUUCCUGCGAUCACUUCCUCAAUAUCAAUCAAAGAUUGAAGCGAUUCACAAAGCGGUCGAAGAUGGUGAUGUGCGGAGAGUGAAAUCGUUGAUCGAUCGACCGCAACUGGCAACGGCUCGGGACUCAUACGGGAUGACUCCUCUACACAAAGCGCUCCUUCACGGUCAAACGAACACCGUUCGCUUUCUUUUAGCCAAAUAUCCGAAUGCAGUCAAUGCCGCCGAUCAUGCCGGUCGAACAGCUCUCCACUAUGCCGCAGCGGAUCCAAACGGAGAGCACAUGAUCAAAGUCUUGCAGAAAAGUGGAGGCGACGCCUUCAUCGAGGAUAAGCACGGGCACACCCCAUUCUACUAUCGAACGCACGGGCAACGGUUGAACGUGCGAACGCUGAAAGAUAACGCGGUGAUGAGUCAACUCAUCUCUGGACAGCUCAGCCGCCCGCUUCUACAAGAUUUGGAAGAAGAUAUCUACGAUUGGAUUCAUACGGGAAAUGUCGGGAAACUCGAAGAACUUGUCCUCACCGGAUACGCUGAUCUUUUACUUGGAAGAAAUCAUGAAGUCGAAGAUUCUGACAGUAUUGGUUUUCUAGAAGUUCUGCCACAAUAUCAAGCAAAAAUCGCCGCCAUUCACAAAGCAGUUGAAACGGGAAAUCUGCGAGCGGUGAAAUUGUUGACUGAUCGAAAGAAAUUGGCGCUUUGUAGAGAUAGUCGAGGAUUGUCACCAUUGCAUAAGUCGAUCGUUUUCGAGAAAACCGAUAUCGCCAAAUACCUUAUCAGAAACUAUCCACAAAGUGUUAAUGCAAUGGAUCAGAAAAAGCGAACUCCAUUGCAUUAUGCGGCCGCGCUAAAAGAUGGUGGCUAUCUCUACAAAGUGAUGCGCAGAAGUGGAGCUGAUCCAAAUGUCUACGAUUGUCACGGUCGACCAGCCAAAUAUUACCUAAAGCAUCCGGGUGAAAUCGACCUCGCCGCGAUGCGUCUUGACACAAAAGCUGCUUUAAAACAAGUCCUCCACAAUCGAGUGGCACCUUCAUACUUGGAAUCUUCCAUUCAGCAAUGGCUUAGAGACGGUCAAAUUGCAAAGCUUGAGCAAUUGGUGUUGAGUGGUUGCGGGGAUCUCCUCCAGAAUCGCUCGAGUGCGAAUUCAGACACGAGUCUUUUCCUUAAUCAACUCCCGGAUUAUUUGGAAAAUAUCGAUGGAAUCCAUCGAGCGAUUCGCGAGGGCGAUCUCGAGCUCGUCAAAGAGUUGAUGACGACAAAGAAGCUCGCGAUUGCUAGAGAUCGGUUUGGUUGCACGCCGUUGCACGCGGCGGUUGUACACGAGCACACAGACAUUGUACGUUUCAUUGCCGGACAUUUCCCAUCCGUGCUAAACGCUCCAGAUUAUAAUAAACGCACAGCAAUGCAUUAUGCGGCAGCGGCUCGUGAUGGCGGACAUUAUUUGAAAAUUCUGGGCAAAGCUGGAGCUGAUCCGAUGGCUGUGGAUAAUGAAGGCCGAACGCCCGACUAUUAUCGCCGGAAUGCUGUGAUCGAUUUGAAGAUGAUCAAGGAUAGAGAGGAUGACUUCGAGCUGUUGAACGAAGAGCUUUUAGAAGACGGCCCACUUAUUGACAGUCCGGCAUCACCUGAUUCGGCUAGCAUUGACACCGAACACGUCGACUCGGCGAGAGUAUACGAAGACGAGGAUGAGUUUGAUCGACAUCGCUUUGAGAGAAUGGUUCAUACUAGGGUCGAUCUACCCACUAGUGAGAACGGGAUUUAUUUGGCGAGAACGGUGGCACCCGUUUUGACAAAAGCUCUUGCUGAGGUUCUAUUGCGACGACCGGCCGAUCCGAUCGGUUUCAUCUCGGAUUGGCUUCUCAAGUACACAAACGAGAUGCCCAAGCGAAAUGUG